AUGAAGGUGGACUUCGCCCCGCUGAACAUCCCUCUGCGGAGGAGACUGCAGACCGUCGUCACACUGCAGUGGGUCUUCUCCUUCCUGGCUUUAGCUCAGUGUUGUCUGGCAGCCUUCAUCCUCCUUGCUCUCUCUGAUUGGUGGAUGCUGGCUGUGCUUUAUGUUGGUUGGCUGUGGUUGGAUGGGGAAACUCCCGUCAGUGGGGGUCGGAGGUCACAGUGGGUCAGGAGCUGGAGCGUCUGGGAAUACUUUAGAGACUACUUCCCCCUGAGGCUUGUUAAAACUGUCGAUCUGGAUCCAAAGAAAAACUACAUCUUCGGAUUUCAUCCACAUGGUGUUUUGGUCGCAGGGGCGUUUGGGAACUUUUGUACGGAGGCGACGGGUUUCUCCCUUCUGUUUCCUGGAUUGACCUCCCACCUGCUGAUGCUGCCAUUCUGGUUCAAAGUCCCACUGUUCAGAGACUACAUCAUGUGUGGAGGCCUGGUGUCCAGCAGUAAGUCCAGCCUGUCUCACCUCGUCAGUCGUCCUGCAGGAGGUAACGUGGCGGUCAUUGCGGUGGGCGGAGCUCUGGAGGCUCUGGACGCCCGCCCGGGAGCUUUAAAACUACAGGUCCAGAACAGGAAGGGCUUCAUCAAACUGGCUCUCAAACACGGAGCUCAACUGGUUCCCGUCUUUUCUUUUGGAGAGAACGAGCUGUUCGAUCAAAUGGAGAAUCCCAGUGGCUCUCCUCUGAGGAAGCUGCAGAACCGGCUGCAAAGCAUCAUGGGAGUAGCGAUGCCUCUGUUUCACGCCAGAGGAGUUUUCCAGUACAGCUUCGGACUGAUGCCCUACAGGAAGUCCAUCCACACCGUCGUGGGGAAGCCCAUCUCGGUGGUGCAGACUCACAGUCCCAGCUCUGAGGACAUCGAGUGUCUUCAUAAAGUUUACCUGCAGAGUCUGACUGAACUGUUCGAGCUGCACAAGCUAAACUACGGCCUCGAUGAACACCAGCACCUGACCUUCAUAUGACCUUCAUAUAUACCUUCAAGGUCAUGCAGCGCUCUGGUGUGACAUCACAGUGACAGUAAAAGGUCAAGAGGACUUCUUGCCGUCUGAUUCAUUAUGGAAAUAAAUAAAAUGCAUGAUUAAGAGUUUAAA